CUGAGAGGAGCGGGAGCAGGGUCCUCCACCCCCGGGGACGGUGGGGAAUUGAGAUACUGCCGUGUCUUCUUGGUUCCCGAGGGCGAGGUGUCGGUAGUGAUGAUGAUGACCUCGGUGCCCUUGGCCUUACAGGCGUCCAGCAGCGUGGCAAGGGUCUCGCGGUCCCCGCGGUCCAGGGCGUGGACGAGCGCCGAGGCGCCGGCGUGAUCUCGCACCGAGGGGUCUGCGCCGUGGGCCAGGAGCAGCGACGCCACGGCGGCGCCCCCUCCCCCGGCGCAAGCGUGCAUGAGCGCCGUGCGCCCCAGGCGGUCUGCGAUGUUGGGGUCCGCGCCUUGCUCCAGGAGGAAUGAGUUUGUGUCCAGCUGGAAGGCAUCGGGGGAAGUGGAAGAUGAGGAAAAAAAUCCCAAGGAUCUGGAAAACCCACCUGAGAUCAUUCUUACUGAAGGCCAACAGACAGGAGAUACCAAAUAAUGUUCCUGGAGAAGGAGAAAGAGAAAUAUUGCAGGGAUGCUACCUAUCUUUACUAGCCACCAUUUAUGGGACGCCGAGUAUGUGCCAAGGAUUUCACAUACAUUAUUUCCAAACCUCACGACAAUGCUGUAAGACAUGGCAGCAACCCACAGGGGGUAAAAAUAGAAAAGAAGUAUUCAUUGGUGGUGCUGGAGGGAGGGCCAUGCAGGACUGGAGGGAAGGUUGGAGGAAUCGAGGGGAGGCCAAGCUGUGAAGCCUCCGUCACAAAAAGACUGAUCCCUAACGAACAACCCACUCAUUUCUCUGUGGAGCUUCCUUAGCAGCGCCCCUCGAUUGGCCGGGAGAAUUCACCAAUGGGGAGCCCUGGGAGGCGGGGCUAGCGCACCAGCAGCUAGAGGAAGACCAGCAAAUUUCAAGUUGGCUGCGACGUGGGCUCCGCGUGGGGGAGGGGGCAGCAGGUUUUCCUCACUGGAUCACUGAAUACCCAGGCCCCCUCCACCAUGGCCAGUCGGGGUGGGGGCCGGGGUCGUGGCCGGGGCCAGCUGACCUUCAACAUGGAGGCCGUGGGCAUUGGGAAGGGGGAUGCCCUGCCCCCACCCACCCUGCAGCCAUCUCCACUCUUCCCUCCCUUGGAGUUCCGCCCAGUGCCUCUGCCCUCAGGAGAGGAAGGGGAAUAUGUUCUGGCACUGAAGCAGGAGCUACGAGGGGCCAUGAGGCAGCUCCCCUACUUCAUCCGGCCAGCUGUCCCCAAGCGAGAUGUGGAGCGUUACUCAGACAAAUAUCAGAUGUCAGGGCCGAUUGACAAUGCCAUCGAUUGGAACCCUGAUUGGCGACGUUUACCCCGUGAGCUAAAGAUCCGAGUGCGGAAGCUACAAAAGGAACGGACCACCAUCCUAAUCCCCAAGAGGCCCCCUAAGAACACUGAAGACAAGGAAGAGACAAUACAGAAACUGGAGACCCUGGAGAAGAAGGAGGAGGAAGUGACUUCAGAGGAAGAUGAAGAGAAAGAAGAAGAAGAAGAGAAGGAAGAGGAGGAAGAAGAGGAGUAUGAUGAAGAAGAACAUGAAGAGGAAACCGAUUACAUCAUGUCAUAUUUUGACAAUGGAGAGGACUUUGGGGGUGACAGUGACGACAAUAUGGAUGAGGCUAUAUACUGAAGAAGGACCCUGAACAAUGUCUGGGACCUUCACAUCAUUCUUGAUGGAAGAUACAGAGAGUAACUGUCGCUGUUAUUAGGUUUUGUGGACAAGCAGAUCAUUUGCUUGGAGUCCAGAUAAACUGGCCCUGGAGACAGGAAUGGAGAGUGAUGACAACUAGUUCUCUUUUCCACCCUUCCCGUCCCUCCACCCUUGUAUCACCUCUGAUAGCUCGGGGAAAGGGCAAAGGACCAAUGUCUUAAUUGCAUGAGAGAGAGAAGGGUCAAAGAAGAACUGGAAUUGUUAGAGCUGAGACCGCUGGACACAAACUCCCCCCCCCCCGACUUUUUUGUAGUAAAAGAUAAUUUGGGGGUGUAUGCAGUUCAGAGGAGUAAGGCCAGCUUUAUAUUUUUAAAUAAAAUGUUUUUAUCUGUCCA